GAGUCUGGCUUUUCACUACGGGAAAAUUAUCUCCAGUAUAUACCGAUUUAAACAACUUGAGCAAAAUCCAAAAGCUCCGCUACAUAUCCGCUACAUCGGUACCAGCACCAACCCAACCACUCCCUUCGGCCGUCACCAAAAUGAUAUAGCAAGCGCAGUGCAACUCAAUAAUGUACUUGGCGAGUUUUACGUGCCUUAAAAGUAGUUAGCCCAGUCGGUUUUGCUUCUUGCCGUAUCUUUGAAUUCCCGAACGCACAACUUCCACCACAGACAAGUACAUUCGUCCUUGAUCUACAGGAGCGUAUAUUGAUCGCCAUCUUUCAGCAAAGGCUCUUACUCAACCAGCAAUAUGGUGGUUUUUUUGCGUCAUACAAACCAAGUGACCAUGACCGUACACUCUUUGUGAAUAUGGAGACCAAUUUCUUUGACGAAUUUCAAAAGCGUGCGGUACCACCAUCAGCUGAUAUUGAACUUGGGCUCCAAGAUUGGAUUUAUUUUAUCCGAAAUUACGUUACGGAAAACCAACAAGCAGCCAACACCAUCCGAUGCCCACUGAAUAAUCAAGCACUUGAAGCAAUCCUUGACCAAGGUCGACCUAGGAUCGUCCUUGGACAUACUAUUCUUGCGCUCGUUGGACACGAUAGCCCCCAGGAAUUGGAUACAAAUAUUUUCCCCUUUGUCAACUUGUAUCCGUGGUAUGGCAAAGAAAACACUUUUGACGGAGCCAUCUCACAGCUGCGACGCUAUUUUUAUGCAACACGACCGCUCAUUGCCGUCACGUUUUCACGCACUGUCACAAAAACUGCCCUGGGCAACUUUUAUUUUAAGCAUGGAAUUCUGAACACACAAUUCUUGGACGUUGUGGGAAUUCCGACGUUACAAACUUUCGCAACAGAGGAAUGGCUUCAUGACGGCGAACAGCAAGCACCACCACAAGGAACAUCAAACGUCAUUAUUCCAUCGUUCGAUCCUGGACGCGACAAAUAUGACGAACAGCUUCCUGAAAUGCGACGCCUGAUGGAUAUAACUUGGAUGAUCACAAUUUUAGUUGCCGAGUAUGCCAUGAACAUAGCUACACCUCUCCCACAAGAUCACGAUAACAUUUGUCGGAUACAACACCAACGAAGUAGCCAAAUCACCUUGCCGACCACUACCCGCCAACGAAUCGCAUCAGAGACCAUGGCCCAACAUGGAAAAGCAGAAGGAGAACCAGAAAGUGCCGAACGUCGUCAACAAGUUUGUAUGUUGUUGAAGAAAAACGAUCGGUGUCUACAUAUGCAUAUUGAUCGAAACAAUGAAACAUUAUGGCGAGAAUGGGCGAUGAGUGUACCAAAGAAUAUCUGUUAUCUUGCAAGUGCGAUGAAUUUGGCAGCAUUGAACAUUUCUGGCCGUGAUCCACUAUAUAACAUCUUACGACAGUUUGCUCCACCCAGUGCGACUAACUGUGUUUACCACACUAACAACGAUUGGAUGCACGACGCCGCCUUGCACACAGAAGCACUCACUUCAUGGGGAAAACGUACGGCAAUUGGUCGUGUGGGGCUAAGUCUGGAAGGAGAAGAACGACAACGCCAUGUUUCCCAGCUACAACGACGACGAUGUGUUGGUGAUGAUAGCAAGCUCGAUCUUUUUGAAUAUUUGUCGGUGUUGGUAGGUCAAGAUGUCAGUGUGCGAGAAAAUGGUGCAAUUGCGUUACAAUGGCUGGAUCCUCAGUACUGA